CUACAUCAGUUCACACAAAGCUGCUCAGACAGAAAUGUUGGAUUAAAUAGCUGAGGAGCUGCUAUUUUUGGAGUUUUGCUAAAAAAAAGAGAAAAGUGCUGGGGUGGGGGCAAGAUUAUGACUCCUGGCUUUGUAGCCAGCCUGGGGUUUUGGUCCAAGCUGCCCCUUUUUACACUGACCUGAGACCGGUCAAUAUUGUUAAAGGAUAUAGGAUUUAAACAGGUGCUCCUGAUCCACGGUCAGUUUGGCCCAGACUGCUGCCCAGCGUGUGAUCAUGUGGAGGGAGCAUGAGCCUUGUGAAGGUCAGGGCAGGGGAGAUGACACACUGUUUCAUGUUUAUCGGCACAUGAGUUCAGUAAAGUGUAGCCUGUGGUCAGUUCAGCCUCGAGCUCCUGUCUGAAGGGCAGGGCCAUCUAUUCUUUCCCAGGCAGGCAAGUGACAGCAACAGCAACAUGAGUGUUUCACAUGAAACCUGCCUCCUGGACCAAGUCUUGGAGCUGAUUAUGAAUGAGAAGCCCCCCAACAGCAACAGCCUCUUCCUGAACGAGGACUCCGAAAAGCCCCAUCACUCUGAGAAAGACCUUCAUUGGCUGCGCAGAGCCAUGCAGAAACGAGUAUCUGGAGCUAAGGACAGGAUGUGUUCCAUCACGAGAGACAACAUCAAAGCCUUUUUGCGCCGCAACACCUUUGUGCUCUUUACCGUGGCAGCAGUUGCAGUAGGAAUCGUGUUGGGAUUUGCUCUGCGUCCUCACAACUUGUCUGCGAGGGAAAUAAAAUAUUUCUCCUUCCCUGGAGAGCUGCUGAUGAGGAUGCUACAGAUGUUGGUUCUGCCACUCAUCGUGUCCAGUCUUGUUACAGGAAUUUCAUCUUUGGACAGUAAAGCCUCUGGAAAGAUGGGAGUGCAGGCCAUCAUUUACUACAUGCUGACCACUUUUAUAGCUGUGUUCAUCGGCAUUGUCAUGGUGAUCAUCAUAAGACCUGGAAAAGGCAACAGAGACAGUCCAGUGUCCUCUAGUGGUAGCAUUGAGUCAGUGCAAGCUGCUGAUGCCUUUCUGGAUCUUAUCAGAAAUAUGUUCCCACCUAAUUUAGUGGAGGCCUGCUUUAAACAGUACAAAACCUUUUACAAGAAAACAGUGUUCACCAAGAACAUCACUGUUCUGGUCAAUGCAAGUGAGGGCAUCAAUGCUACCGAGUCCAGUUCUGUUGGGAAUUUCAGCACAGUCCUGCAGACCAUCCAGGAGACGGUGGAGGAGACAGUUCCAGUGUCCGGCUCCUCUAAUGGUGUCAAUGCUCUGGGCCUGGUAGUGUUCUCCAUGUGCUUUGGCUUGGUGAUUGGGAAUAUGAAGCAGCAGGGCCAAGCUUUGCGAGAAUUCUUUGACUGCCUCAAUGACGCCAUAAUGCGUUUAGUAGCUAUCAUUAUUUGGUACGCACCCAUUGGCAUCCUCUUCUUGAUCGCUGGGAAGAUUGUUGAGAUGAAGGACCUGGCACAGGUUGGAGGGCAGUUGGGCAUGUACAUGGUGUGCGUCAUCAUGGGUCUGCUUAUCCAUGGCCUUUUUGUUCUGCCUCUGCUCUUUUUCCUGGUUACGCGGAGGAACCCCUACAUGUUUAUUGGUGGUCUGCUGCAGGCUUUGAUUACCGCUUUAGGAACAUCUUCCAGUUCAGCCACCCUCCCCAUCACCUUCCGUUGCUUAGAGGAGAACAACCAUGUUGAUAAGCGCGUGACACGCUUCGUGUUGCCAGUGGGUGCUACCAUAAACAUGGAUGGUACGGCUCUCUAUGAAGCAGUGGCGGCCAUUUUCAUAGCCCAAGUCAAUGACAUGGACCUGAACUUCGGGCAGAUCCUUACAAUCAGUAUCACAGCAACUGCUGCCAGCAUUGGAGCAGCAGGCAUCCCUCAGGCUGGUCUGGUUACCAUGGUGAUUGUAUUGACAUCGGUGGGACUGCCCACCGAGGACAUAACGCUCAUCAUUGCUGUGGAUUGGUUCCUGGACCGCCUCAGAACCACCACCAAUGUGCUGGGAGACUCGUUAGGAGCUGGCAUUGUGGAACACCUGUCACGACAGGAACUGCAGAACCAGGAUGUUGAGAUUGGAAACUCAGUGAUUGAGGAGAGUGAAAAGCCAUACCAGCUCAUCUGCCAAGAGAACGACUCUAUCAAGCACCGAAACAGUGAAACCACAAUGUAAAUAACAUUACACGCAAACAGCACGCAGUACUGUUACCUAGAACAUCCGUUAAUGCUGGAAAGUAUACAAAUAUAUAAAUACUGUUAAAGAUAUUAUUCGAGCAAGGAUAUCAAAAGCCAUAUCAGCAUGUUCCAAAAAUGAGAAUGUCUACGAUAUUAUUCAAAGACUCAAAAUGAGGGGUCAAGCAUGUUCCCCAUCUGUCCAGUGGCCUGUUUACUAUUAGAUGCGAAGCACCUUCUGAACCUCACAUGUAACUCACUUAAGAGAAGCUUCACUUUAUUUUUCUACAUCGUUUGAGUGAUUGUAUUGAGUGCGUUUACAUGCACUUAAUAAUCUGAGAACUCCGGAAAUCAGAUUUGGUCAGUAAUCCAAUCAAUGUGUUGACAUACACGUGAGUAAUCAGAUAAUAGGGAAACUUAGGGUUUACAUGAGUCAGACAGUAAUCAGAUUUCUGUUUUGC